AUGUCGAACCUCUUCUCUGGCAUUAACGCCCGUUUCCGAGGAGGCUCAGGCAGGGCGGCAGGCCCGCAGAAGAGUCCUACGACUCCUACAGCCCCUCUGCCGGAGCAACUGCCUCCACAGCUCCCGCCUGCAACAACAACAACUGCCCCAAAGCUUUCACCCUUACCAAACUCGCCCUCACUGGCACAGACAAUUGGCAUGGAGCAAAAUGGAGACGAAAUCCUUGCGUCCUAUCAUCUACCCCGACCAUUACCGCUUUGGCUCAACCCAAAGUAUGCUAAGCACAUUGUCAAGGGUAACUUCAUGACGUUGAGUGCUCGCCCUAAGACUGUUGAACAGGGAGAAUGGAUUGCGCAUCAAGUUGUUGAGCAUUACCGCAACCUUUGGAAUUUUGUCCGUGUUCUCCACGAGAAGGAAGAUAGUGGUGCUACGAUCUGCAAUUCAUCAACUUGCCCACGAAUGUCGGCGGGAGCAAAUCACUCCUUUACCUGGCUGAAUAGCCGGCGCGAGCCAGUAGAGCUUCCAGCUUACGAAUACAUGACGUUGAUGCAGAGAUGGAUCUCUGGAAAGAUUGACGAUACGAACAUCUUUCCCACGGAUUCAUCUGGUGUGUCGUACGCUCAUAACCCGUCCAUGAGCGCGCCCCUGAACCCGGGAGAGCCUGACUGGGUGGGAAAGAGAUCCGGCUUUCCGGAGAAGUUCAUUGACGUGUGUCAAAUGAUCUUCCGUCAGAUGUUCCGUGUCUACGCCCACCUCUAUUGGGCUCACUUUACCGAGCCCUUCUACCACCUUGAUCUUGAAAAGUCUCUCAACAGUUGCUUCUCCCACUUUAUCCUCACGGCAACUGCCUUGGAUAUGCUGAAGCCCCAGGAGCUGGAGCCGAUGCAGCCCCUCGUGGAUCUCUGGGCCGCUAGCGGAACUUUCCCACCCGAGUCGAAGGCAUACGAAUACGCAAAUGUCAAGGCUGGAGAACGGCUCUUACAAGCUGCCGGGGUGUCAAAUUAA